AUGAGUUUUAUUGCUUAAAAUAAUGCUAGUAAGUCCUAUAAUAAACAUGAUCAAUUAAAUAUAAUCAAUCAUUAGUAAUAGCUAGAAUUUUAAAAUUAAAGUAGUUCUCCUAUAGUUAAAUUAGAACUUGAAAAUGGCUAAUUGCUUUAGAAUCAGAAUUUGUUAAAUAAACCAGAUAAAUAUGCGUUUGAUUGUCAGAUAAAUAUAAAAUCUUAAAGUUUUGAAAAUUCAAAUAUCAUAGAGCUUGCUCAUUAAAAUACUGAUGAAAAAUUUUCAAAACUUAUUACAAGAAAAGGAAGCUAAAAUAAUUUGGAAAGCAAUAAAAAUUCUAUGACAUCUUAUAAUUAAUUUUAAUUUUUUGGUAACAAUAUAAAUCUUGGCUAACACUUUUAAAAACCUAAUAAGAUAACGAAAAGCUUAAAUAAAUCCAAGUUUUCUAUUUAGAAAAAGAUAGCCAAGCUAAAGACUGUUGGUUUUUAAGAAAUUAAGAAAAAUAGCUUUUUAUAAGUAAAAAAGGAAUUUCCUUUAUAAAUGAUAUUAGAAAGCAUAAAUUUAGGAGUCUUGUGCUAUGAUUUUAAUAGCAAAAAUGUUACUUAUGUUAACAAGUAAAUUUAAGACAUUUUUAAUGAGAAAGACAGCUCAGAAAUACUUAAUAUUAUGAAAACUUUUAGAAACUACAUGAAACCUAACCAAAAAGAGUUUGCUAAAAAAUUUUAAACAACUAGAAAUCUUGAUUUAGUACCAAAUGAGCUAUUUUAGGAUUUAGCUUGUAUUUCCUAACGCCCUAAAUCAAAUACUGAUUAACAAUUUUAAAGUAUUAAAUUUAAUGCUUCAAUACAAAAUAUGUAAAAUUUAGCAUCAAUUUUAAAUAAUGAGCAUGGUGAAUUUUUGGAUUAAAACUCAAGUACUAUAAAAAAUUUAUAACCUUAAAACUAAAGUGAAUCUUAACUUAAGUAGUCUUUUUAUUCUAAUUAAUACCUUUUAAAAUCUUAAAUUGAUGAAAUUAUUCAAAUUAUCAAAAAUAAGAUCUACAACGAAUAAGAUUUAAAAUUUCUUAAAAUAAAAUUUUUAGCAGCUCCGAAAAAUAUAUCUAUUUGUAAAAAUAGUUAAAAUCUAUAUCUAAAAAGUUCAUCCUUUAGUCUAAAUCAACCAUAAUAAAAAGAAAAAAUAAUAUAAAUUACUAUGGCUCCUAUAUUAGUUAAAAAAAUAUGGUAGAUUCUAUUUAUAAUAGAAGAUGUAACCCAUUUUAACUAAAUAAAGGUAUUAGAAUCACUAAAUAAGAAUAAAUCAUUAAUGCUAUCACAAGUAUCUCAUGAAAUUAGAAACCCAAUCAGUUGUAUUAUAGCGAUGCUCGAAGAAAUACAAUCGAUUUCAAAAAAUAGUUAAAAUUAAAUUUAUGAUUGCACAUAAUCAGCAUUAUAAAGUAGUAAACUGUUGCUUAACUUAUUAAAUGAUUUACUUGAUAUGUCUUAAAUAAAAGCAGGAAAAUUCAAAUUAGUAAUAGAAUAAUUUAAUUUAUGCUAAAUACUCUAAGAAAUAUAACAGAUGAUGCAACCUCUAGCUAAAAAUAAACAAAACACGAUAAUUCUUUAAGUAGAAGAAGCUAUUUAAAAUAAAGUAGCCAAUUUUUAAUCUGAUAAAUACAGGAUACGCUAAAUACUUAUAAAUUUAAUAAGUAAUUCUAUCAAAUACACGUAUGGUGGUAAUAUUUACAUUACUUUGACACAAGAAAGGCUAGAUGAUCGCUAUUUUAGGAUUUCUGUUAGAGAUGAAGGUGUAGGAAUCAAGCAAGAAUUUAGAUAAAAGUUAUUUUAAGCAUUUGGUAAACUUGAUGAUACUGAAUCCUAAACUAAAAAUAACCCUCAAGGAGUUGGACUUGGUUUAAUGAUUAGUAAUACUAUAGCUAAGAAUUUAAAGCCUGAUUAAUAGAAUUUGAGCCAACAUGCAAUAUUUAUCCCAAAAAAUAGUUCAUUAUAUCAUUUACGUUCUUAAAUAACUCCUACCUAAUAAUAAUAAUAAUCUUCCUACAGUUAUCGCUCUGUAGGAAAUAAAAUAGAUAAUAGGGAUAGUAAAUAAACAAUAGCACCUUCAUAUUUAUCCUCUUUUUCUAUUGAAGAAGGAUUAAUUUUGAAUGAAGAAGUAUAAAAAGGCACUGAAUUUUACUUUCUUGUAUAUAAUUUUCAAUAAGUUGAAUUAAAAUAAUAAUAAGAAGUUGCAUAAUUCAGUAAAAGCCCAUGCCAUAAUCAUAAAAGAACUUCAGUUUUUUCUUAAAUAGAUAAUUUAUAAUAAGAGCAACUUCUUUAUCCCUUUUAAAAAGAAUCAUAUAAAAAUGGAUCUAUCAAUAACAUUAAUUAGUAAAUUUAAGAAAGAAGCUAGACUGCAAUCGAAAGCGAGCCAGAUUCAUUUGAUGAUAACCCUUAAAGUUAUACAUCAAGCUUUAAUGAUAACUAAGAAAAAAUUAAGAACAAUAUCAAGUAUAUAGCAGAAAUGUGUCCCUAAAAUGAAGAAAUUCCAAUUUAAAGCGAUAAAAAUAGUUAUUUGUAUAUUUAAGAUAAUUAAAAAUAUAAAGUUAGCUUACUUUUAAAAGAAAUAUAAUUACAGAUAAGUGAUAAAUAAGAUGUAAAUAUUAUCAACUAAAGGUCAAAUGAUAAAUAUUUUUUUUCAAAAAAAUAAAUCACUCAAGGAAUGUAAGAUAUUAUAAAGAAGAGCUCUAUGAGAAAAAAAUAGUAUUCUACAUUUUUUGACACUGAAAUUAACAUUUUAAUUGCAGAUGAUGAUUAAUUUAGUUCUUUUGCGCUGAAAAUAAAAAUUGCCUCUGCAUUUAAGUAAUUUAAUAAAAAUCUAGCACUUUGUUUUACUACUGUUUAUUCAGGAGAAGAGUGUAUUAGAGAGCUAGUUAAGACAUAAAAAUGUUAUUAAUUUCUUUUUAUAGAUGCUCAAAUGCCAGAAAUAGAUGGAUACGAGUCAAUUAGAUAAAUUGAUUAGCUUAAUUUAAGAAAUAACCAAUUAUUAGAAAAGGAAACAAAAGAAAAAUAAAUUUUUAGCUAACUUCAAAUUAUUAUGUGUUCAGGCUUUUAAAAAGAAGAAGCAAAACUUAAUAUAUACAGAAUUAAAUAUUACCUAUAAAAACCUGUUGAAGAUAAUUAAAUUUUAGAAAUAAUAAAAAAUAUUUUUAUAGAAAACCAUCUUGAAUUACCUUAAGAAGUCUAAAAUAAAAAUUAAACAAAAUGA